CUUACCCAGGAAUGUGCCAGGCGGGUGCCCUCCCUUUGGCCUCCAGCAUAACUGACCACCUCUCUCAGCAGGGCCUCUGUCCACCUCUGCCCCUGCUCCCUAGUGCAGCCAGCGUGCCAGGUCCCAGGGUCAGCAGUGCAGAGCAUUCCGCUGGCCCAGCCAUGCUUUUCCUUCUCAAGCCGCGAUCAGCAUCGGGCGAUCCAGGACCUGCAGGGAGCAGGAGCUGAGGGAGGUGUGAACACGGUGCCUCAUGCCCCUGCACUCCUGCCCAGCAUGACCCCAGGGACAUAGGGGAGAUGGCACCACUGAAAGCUCCCCACAGGAGGUCAGACAGGAGGUCAGACAGGAGCCGACUGAUGGGGUUCUCAACGCCAUCCCCCAGCAGGGGGCACAGGGGGCCCACGCUGCCCAAAGAGUGCCGCUCGGUCUCAAGGGGCAAACCGCAUCAACCGGGAACACAAAUAAGCUCUGUAUGGUGCAGACCGCCCGGGCACACCGGCUGGACAAGCUGGUGGAGCACCUGGUGCCUGCCUUCCUGGGCAGGGACCCCACCUUCGUCCCCACCUUUCUCUGGAACUACAGAACUUUCGCCACCACCCAACAGGUGUUGGACCUACUAUUGACAAGGUAUGGCUGCAUCUUCCCGUAUGCUGAAGAGGAUGGUGGGCCUGUGGACCAGCAGAAAAAGGUCAUCAUCUCCAUCCUGGGCAUGUGGCUGGACCAGUCCCCUCAGGAUUUUUUCCAGCCCCCAGAAUUCCCGGGCCUGGUGGUGCUGCUGGCCUACCUGGAGCUCAAUUUCCCAGGCUCAGCCCUGGAGCGCCAGGCCCAGCUGCUCCUCUCAGAGCUGGAGUGCCGCGAGCCCACAGAGGCAGAGGCAGAGGCUGGCCGCGUGUCCUACUCAUAUUGCCCGGAGAGCCCUGGCACGCUGUCGGAUGAGUGA